GGGGGGGGGGGGGCAGUUCCUGGAAUGGGAAGUUGAGCCCAGAUGGAAUAAGGUCAGAGACACUAUGCAAAUCCUCAUGCAGAUGAGUGGUAGUGAGUCAUUCCUGAUCAGUCCGCCCCGGUAGAGUGUGAAGCAAGGCUCAGGCUCGGGUUCCAGAACUGACCCCACUUAUGACCAUGACCGUGACCUUGGGCCAGUCAUUACUUAGUAAUCAGCAGUAGGACCCCAAGCCCUGGGUCCGAUAGGCAUUCCAGGUGUGCUUGGGCAGUGCGGUAGCUGACUCUCGGCUGCCAGGGCCCUGGUGUCCCCUCCUGGCGUGCCCUCCUUGUACCCACCCUGGCUGACCCUGGGCCUCCAUCGACCCUCGCCAUCUGUUGUGAGGAUGACUGUUCAGAAAACACCUUCCCCCUUUAUCAGCCCCAUCCCUACGCUCUUCUGGCCUCCACGCUGUCCUUCCCUCCAAGCUGGAGGACAGUGGACCCAACCGGGCCAUCUCUUCUGUUACGUCCCCAUGGAAUAAGCCACUCCGACCUCCCUUUUGGGCCUCUCCAAAGGGCACGGGAACCAAAUGUCCUGGCUGGAAGGGCACUCAGGUGCCUAGUCCCUGCCACCCACCCAUUGUACUGGCCAGCGGUGUAAAGCCUGGAGGGGGCAGUGACUUCUUCAAGGUCACGCUGCGAUUUAGGGUCAGAGCAGGGACUAGAACCCAGGCAUCCAGAAUCCCUGUGUCCAUAGACCCCAUGCCUCCCUGGGCUGUUGAUUGCCCAACCGCACCCACCCCUGUUCUGCUAAGAUUCAGUCUCCUGUGACCCCCAACUUCUUCCUGAGAUCAGACUGGGUGGCUCCAGAAACUGGUGAGGAACUGGGUCCUCGGAGCCAGCCCAGAGGCCUCCAGGGGAAGGCCAGAGCUGCGGUGGGCGGUGCUGGAGCCUGGGGGGUGGGCUGGCCGCUGCCUGUGUGGGAGCUGGACACCGACAGCUGCUGCAGGAAGGAUGGGAGCUAGACUACAGGAAGGACAGGCUGGGGGGAGCAGCGGAGGAGGCUCGGGAGACGGACCCUCACUGGAGAGGCAUCUCCUGGGCAGAGAACAGGAUGACCCCAUCCCGGGAGAUUUGCCCAGCGGGAAAGCCUGGGGUGGGGCGCGGGAGAGGUGUCCAGCGGAAGCCGCGGGGAGGGCGCCCGGGGAGCGGCCACUCCGGUCGGUGCUCCUCUGGCGAGUCCAUUCCUGUCCCUUCAGCCCGGGCUGCAGAGCCUGUUUCCACUUGCCUUCCUGGGGCGCCUAGGACCCGAGACCACCGGUGCCCGGGGUCCAGCUUUCCCCUGACCGCUGCUCCCCCUCCCCCCAGCCUGCCAGCCCGCCCCCAGGUCCCUGUCGGAGGCUGCGCAGAAGGCGUCCUGCAGACCAUGAACUGAGCCCCGGUCCCAGGCCGUUCAUGAGCACAGUGUAAGGCGUGCCGAGACCCGCCACCCAGCGAUCCCCUCCCCUCCCUAGCACUGAGGAUCCCCGGAGAAGAUGGGGAGGAAAAAGAUUCAGAUCCAGCGAAUCACUGAUGAGCGGAACCGACAGGUGACGUUCACCAAGCGCAAGUUCGGGCUGAUGAAGAAGGCGUACGAGCUGAGCGUGCUCUGUGACUGCGAGAUCGCGCUCAUCAUCUUCAACCACUCCAACAAGCUGUUCCAGUAUGCCAGCACCGACAUGGACAAGGUGCUGCUCAAGUACACGGAGUACAACGAGCCGCACGAGAGCCGCACCAACGCCGACAUCAUCGAGACCCUGAGGAAGAAGGGCUUCAACGGCUGUGACAGCCCGGAGCCCGACGGGGAGGACUCGCUGGAGCAGAGCCCCCUGCUGGAGGACAAGUACCGACGCGCCAGCGAGGAGCUGGACGGGCUCUUCCGGCGCUACGGGUCAGCCGUGCCGGCCCCCAACUUUGCUAUGCCCGUCACGGUGCCUGUGUCCAACCAGAGCUCACUGCAGUUCAGCAAUCCCAGCGGCUCUUUGGUCACCCCCUCCCUGGUGACGUCAUCCCUCACGGACCCCCGGCUCCUGUCCCCCCAGCAGCCAGCGCUGCAGAGGAACAGCGUGUCUCCGGGCCUGCCCCAGCGGCCGGCCAGUGCAGGGGCCAUGCUGGGGGGAGACCUCACCAGUGCUAACGGAGCCUGCCCCAGCCCUGUCGGGAAUGGCUACGUCAGUGCCCGGGCUUCCCCCGGCCUCCUCCCUGUGGCCAAUGGCAACAGUCUAAACAAGGGCAUCCCUGCCAAGUCUCCACCCCCGCCCGCCCACAGCGCCCAGCUUGGAGCCCCCAGCCGCAAGCCCGACCUGAGGGUCAUCACUUCCCAGGGAGGAAAGGGCUUGAUGCAUCACCUGACUGAGGACCAUUUAGAUCUGAACAACGCCCAGCGCCUUGGGGCCUCCCAGUCGACCCACUCGCUCACCACCCCGGUGGUUUCCGUGGCAACACCGAGUUUACUCAGCCAGGGCCUCCCUUUCUCCUCCAUGCCCACUGCCUACAACACAGAUUACCAGCUGACCAGCGCAGAGCUCUCCUCCCUCCCAGCCUUCAGCUCGCCAGGGGGGCUGUCGCUCAGCAGCGUCACCGCCUGGCCGCAGCCGCAGCAGCCCCAGCCGCCCCAGCCGCAGCCGCCCCAGCCGCCGCAGCAGCCGCAGCCGCCCCAGCCGCCCCAGCCUCCCCAGCAGCCCCAGCAGCCACCCCAGGCGCAGCCCCACCUGGUCCCCGUGUCUCUCAGCAGCCUGAUCCCGGGCAGCCCCCUGCCCCACGUGGGGGCCGCCCUCACGGUCACCACCCACCCGCACAUCAGCAUCAAGUCAGAGCCGGUGUCCCCCAGCCGUGAGCGCAGCCCUGCGCCGCCCCCUCCAGCUGUGUUCCCGGCCACCCGCCCUGAGCCUGGCGACGGCCUCAGCAGCCCCGCCGGUGGCUCCUACGAGACCGGGGACCGGGACGACGGCCGGGGGGACUUCGGGCCCACGCUGGGCCUGCUGCGCCCGGCCCCCGAGCCCGAGGCCGACGGCUCCGCCGUAAAGAGGAUGCGGCUCGACACCUGGACAUUAAAGUGACGAUUCCCACCCCCCUCCUCUCAGCCUCCCUGAUGAAGAGUUGACAAUCUCACCGCCCACCCCUCCCCGCCCCGGGCUCCUCCCGCUCGACCCCACUUCCUUUUGUGCCCCGUGUCCUGUUGACGGUUACAUUUGUGUAUAAUUAUUAUAUUAUUAUUAUUAUUAUUAUAUUUUUUUUAAUUUGGAUUCUCGCUUUGGAGAGGGGAUGCUCCCGUCCCCUCUUUCUGCACCCCCACCAUUUUACUGGCGAGGGGUGCUGUUUUUGCGGGAAGGGGGGGGACACUUUGCACGUUGUUCACAUAUGCUGCAGGAGGGGGUGGGGAGCCCGAUAGGCCUUUGGGACAGGACAGGUGCCGAGCCCUCCCGCCCCGUCCCCCAGAGAGAGGGAGAUAACCAAAAAAACUACCAAACAGCAAACCCCCUUACAAUAGACUGAACCCCAAAGUCGGCUGGACGGAUGGGUUUGUGUUUCGGCGGGGAGGUGAGGCAGAGGUUCUGGAAGGGGUCUCUGCUUCUGGGCUGUUCCUGCGGCCACAGGCAUGUGGGGCGGAGUAUCCAAGCCCAGCCCCCUCAUGCCCCCCCCCCCCCCUCCACAGGACACACUCACUGAUUCUCGAGCGAGCUGCACCCCCAGGUGUGGGAGCGCCGGCCGAGCUUGUGGGCUGGGAAGGCCGCCUGGGAAUCUGAGGCUGGGGGCAGAGAGCUGGGGUGCGGGGCGAAUCGGGGCCCCCUUCCUUCCCUAGCGGUUUCUCUGAGACACACAGUGCAAUAGCCCCAUCCCUCAGCUGACACCAGCCCCAGGAAGCGGCCCCAGAGCGCAGGGAGGGGAGGGAAGCUGCAGUGAGGCUGCUCAGCAGGGUCGGAACCCUCGCGUCCAGCGGCAGGUGUGAGUGGGGCUCGCUCUUCCUUGCACGGACACGUCCCCACACCCCCGUAGGAGGGACGCCGGGGUGGCCAGAGGGUGGGAGAAGGGAGAUGCGGGAGGAGGUCCGAAGAAGGCCCGCCUCCCUCCUUCCCGCCUGGGCCCUCCCUCCCCGGCCCCCUCCGGGCCCCUGCCACCCCCACCCCGCUCCGGGCGUCCUCCUGGUCUGCUACCUCCUGUUCCCCCACCCCCAGGCCGCAUCCCGCCUUCCCUCUUGGCUACUGUAAUUGUAAAUAGCAACCUUUGGAAAACGUUAGCAGUGUAACAGUCCAGGAAACUGUUUUUUUCUGUUGUUGUUGUAUUGAUAUGAAAUGAGAUUCUAUUUUUGUCAAAGUAUAUUGUAAUAAUAAUGACUCAAACGGCCCGUACUGUACAGAUGGGAUUCUUCUGCUGUUGUUCUUGCCUCCCUCCCCCCCAGCCCACCCCUCCCUGCUGCCGCCCCAGUGGGGGCAGCCUCAGCACGGGGUCCUGAGACCUCAGGCUGGAUCACAGAUCAAAGCGGAGGGGGCAGGCCCCCAGCCUGCGAUCCACCUCCCCCCCCCCCCCCAUCUAAGGGGCCUGGCCUGAGGUAGUGUGUGCAGGCGGACUGGGGUGGGGGGCGCCCCCAUCCCUCACAGAAGCCUUGCUCCUCUACCCUGGGGGUGCAGCGCUCCCUGGGGGUUUCAUCCCAGCCCAGUGGGAAAGUAGACUAGACAAGGCCCAGUCUGUGGCAGGAAACUGUGCCUGCCUCUGUGACCCAGCCGCUUGCAGUAUUCUGACACCUGACGCAGGGAAGGAACCAGAUCAAGGGGUGUGUGUGACCACACGAGCACCUGAGCGUGUUCACGAGGGCAUCUGGUAUUUGUGUGUGCAUGGGCGUACCUUUGUGUGUCUCUGAGCCUGUCUGGGCAUAUACACGGAUACUUGUGUCGAUUGAGCUCUGAGGGCAUCUCUGUGGGUGCACGUGCCUGGGAGGGGAGGGGAGAGGGGGGCGACAGGUGGCUGUGUGCCACACGUGCCCCUCCACCCCGAUCCCCAUUCCCGGCCCUGUUCUACGCUGAGUUCUGACAGGCUUGCACUGCAGUUGGGGGGGGGGAUCCGACAGUCGCCCCAUUUGCUUGUCCUUGUGGCCCUACCUCUCCUGGGCUCCACGCACAGGCGGCCGCCCCCCUGGCCCCCGGCCCUUUGCAUACACACAGCUCUCUUUCCGGCUGUACACUCUUCCCCCACCCCGGCCCUGCCUUCAGGGUGACACUCAUGUUCCCGUUCCUUCUGGAAGCAUUUUCCUCGCCCGGGCAGUGAUUUCUUCCUUACUCAGAGUUUAACCCCCACCUGCUGGCUGGGCACACAGCGCGUCCGGUCUUCCUGCAGGUUCCUAGAGGGACUUUCAAGAGUCGAUGAGACUUGAUCAGGGCCUGGAAAGACAGUUCAGGGUAUAGCCUUGUGCAUGCAUUCCCAGAGCCCUGCCCCGUGUCUGCCAUAGGUAGUGCUCAAUAGAUGCCGAAUGGGUGAAUGAUCGGCGCUCAGUAAACCUCGGGUGCCUGGCCGUCCCUCCUCAGGCUGUUCCUGCCGCCAGUCUGCCCACCUUUGGAAGCCGGGCUUGGCCACCACCAGACACGGGGCGGGGACGGGAGCCCCUGAGGCUCGCGGUGCAAUAUUCACCAGUUUUGCCGUCUGCCUUGUGAUGGCAAACCUGGCUUCCGAUUCCCCCGUGUGGAUGUGUGUCUGUCUUUCUUCUCUCCCCCUGGGGGCGGGGGCUGGUCCGUGAAUGACUAUGUGACAUUUCUGUGAUGCGGUACCCCGGGCUUUCUCUUGGGGGUAGGGGCUCCUGGCUGGCCAGAUGAAUGGGUCCCUGGGAACCCGGACCUCAAGUGAGGACUUCAUUUCUUCCUCUCACAAGCCAAAUUUGUCUCCACCUACUCCUUCCUCCUAAGAACUGGGCAUUUGCCAAUGUAAUCACUGGAGUCCCCCACUGCCCCUCCCUCCCCAGCUUUCCCAAGCUCGCGGGGACAGUGGGCAAGAGGAGCCUCCCAUGCCGUUGGAGCACACCAUUUUCCCUCCCGCCCAGCAAUGCACUCGGCACGGCGAGACCGACCCCUGACCCUGACCCAGCCCUCCCCACCUUGGACAGGAAGGAAGUAAAGCACCUUCUCUUGAUGAUUAUUUAUUUGUUUGGAGAGACAGAAAUGAUGUAAAAGUGUAUCUAGAAAUAUCUAUAUCUAUAUAUUUUUAACUGACUUCUUUGGAAUCUCCCGGGGAGGGGUGGGGGUGAGUUUAGGCUUUCAUGGAAGAGAGAGGCCUGCAGCCUGGGAACUCCGGUUCUCUCCUCCGCUGCCUCUCUCCACCCCCUGAGCGGUGGUGGAAGGCGUGGGGUUUGUGUGGGGGCAGGGGGCUGGAAUGUUCUGUGGAGAAUCUGGAUUCUCUUUGUCUUCCCCAUUCAGGUCCCAGAGGGAAGGGGGGAGAGGGAGGGGAGGCAUGGAGGCGCCCCCCGCCCCCGGAACCCGACAAUCACCCACACUCCUGGGGCCGCUCCUGGGUCCCGGGCAGGGCGCGUCCAAGUGUGUGACUGUUGAUUUGUUUUCAAUAUUUCUUUUCGUGCUGUAUGGUGAUGCUUUCUUAGUAUUCUACACAAUAAGAAGACAAAGUCCUCGGGAUUCUUAUGAGUUUUGUUUGAAAACUCUUUCACUAUAUUUGUUGUAAAGAGGUUUACUAUUAAAAGAAAAAGAAUACACGUUUCUGAUACUCGG